AUGGAUAGCCAUGAGAAUCUAUCUAAGCGGGUAAAGGUCUGCAUCAUCGAUACCGGAUUCGAUGAGAGACAUCCAACCUUGAUAGGAGCUAAAUCAAUGAGAAGGUUGGUAGCAACGAAGAGCUUUAAAGGAGAUCCUCGUAAUCUUAACGACGAGGUCGGACAUGGAACACAUAUAGCAGAGCUUGUCCAGACGCUCGCACCUGAAGCUGAACUCUGUAUCGCCAAAGUUGCCGUCGCAAAUGAGAUGCCUCAGGAGGACACGAAACUGAUCAUAGAUGCGAUACAUUGGGCAGUGGCGCAAGACGCUGACGUUAUUUCGCUGUCGCUCGGCCUGGAUGUACUAGAUUCGGGACUCGACUUCGCUAUCAACGAGGCCGUAGCGGCGGGUAAAAUCAUACUAGCAGCAGCAGGGAAUGAUGGGAACAAUAAGCCACGGGCAUAUCCGGGCAGAAAUCGCAACGUGCUAUGCAUCCAUGCCUCGAACGGCAAGGGGAAGGACGGGGGAAUAUCGCCUAGAGCCUGGGACAAUGACGAUAAUUUCAUGACCCUUGGGACCGCAGUUCCCCUUUUAUGGAAAGGCAAGGAAGUGAUCAAGUUCGGGACCUCAUUUGCGACAGCGGUGGCAGCGGCAAUUGCGGCAGAUGCUCUGGCGAUCAUCCCGCAGAGGGUUCCGUUGACUCCUGAACAACUAAGUCGUCUUUACUCCAGUAGUGGAAUGAGGUCAAUUUUCGAUCUAUUUAGUGUACCGGAAAAUGGAUAUAAAUACAUUGCACCUUGGAAUCUGUGGGACGGGAGCAGGCCAAGCAUGUUAAUUCGAGAAUUGAUUUUAGAUGCUCUGAGGCGUUAA